AUCAGGACCAGCAAUGGCUGAAUGAGUCUGUACUGCAAUUGUACAGCAUACAGUUCAGAUCCAGCCUUACUCCAAUCCUUCGCCAGUUUGAAGGGAAUAUACUCUCGUCAUCCUACACACACAGAUCCCCAAUUGUUUGUCCAGCAGCAUUACCGUGAGCUACACGCUCGCAACUAUAUUCCAUUGAACAGAAGUGAAAGCUGUUUGCUGAGAACGUGCGGAAACUGCAGACCGCUUUCAGUUUCGGGGACUUCCGCAAGAGAGUGCGCAGCAGCAAUUCUUCCUCAUUUCCCUGAAACAAAACGGAGUCUUUAUUUCUCUUUUUCUAUCUCCGUCGUCUGGACCGGGCUUGCUUGACAGUGGGAGAGACUCGCGAAUGAGGAGGCUGUAAACUGGGAAUCUAGCAGCUCACUGAGCAGCCCAGGGAGAGCUGUCUACAGGGGUAAAUGCGCCAUCGGUAAUUAACACAGGAAGCUGCAACUAACAUCAUUCGUAUCUGACAGAGAGACUAAUGCAUAGGAUGAGGAAACGACCUGUCAGCUCGGAUAAUGGGUUUCGAUAUUGGUCUCCAUUUAGUUUUCUGACAGAAUAGCCAUCCAAAGAUUGAAAGGCGAGAACUCUGAGAUCAAGAUUCACGGCUGAACUCCCAUUAUUCUGGACACAGUGAAGAUCUGAACAUGAGCGGACUCUGUGAUUUACCCGACAACUUAGCAGAAUGGACAAAAAUGCACGUGAAAGACUGGGUGGUUGAUCUCCUGAAACUUGAUCAGAAAUAUGGUGACAUACUAUACAAUGAAGAUGUCAAUGGAGUGGUAUUGAAAGAACUUACUAAAGGAGAUAUACGUGAAUUGGGCAUAAAGGCUGGACCAGCUGCUGUCAUAAUACGGAAACGGGAUGAAUUCAUCAAGGCCUCAAAGUCGGAAGCAAAGCUUGCAACUUGUGCCAAUGAUAAGCAAAUAUGUUCAGGAAGAUCCUCAUCUUCAGAAGUAAAUGAUUCAGAUUGUAAGGCUGUUGCCAGUAAUGAAUCAGAGUGUCAGAGCACUAAACCAGAUUCUACUGAACUCACAGAGAAUUCUUUACAAGAGAAACACAACAUCAAGAAGAGACAAGGCAAAACUGAACCCGAUAGCUGUACCAUUAAUUGUCAAGUAGACACAGAAAUGCAAGUUACCUUGCCCACUUCUACAAAACCAGAGGAAGAUGAGAUAAAAGAACAGGAAUGUUCACAGCAGACAUCUGCAAAAAUACAACCUGUUGCAAAAUCAAAACUGAGAUGUGAACCAUAUCCAUUUGAUGAACGUCAUGUAGGCACUCGAUACGUACAAAAUUAUAUUCUUUCUCCUGAAACUGGCCCCUCCAAUCUAAUUGACCCAGUACAUGAGUUUAAACUGUUUAAUUUGAAAGGGGAUGCAACAGAGGAAGAUAUGAAGAAGAAGUUUAGCAAUGAAGUUUUCAGAUUCGCCGCUGCAUGCAUGAAUAGCAGAACCAAUGGAACCAUCCAUUUUGGGGUAGGAGACACAGGUUCAGGAUAUGAACACGGUGAGAUUAUAGGUGUGUCUGUGGACAAUCCAGCUAAAUAUGUUGACCACAUUUCUAAUCAUUUUGCUCAGUAUUUUGAAAAAGAAAAGAUUGAACAUGCAAAGUUAUCUAUUAGACCACCUCGAUUUGUGGAAAUUUUGAACCCAAACCAAACAUUAUCAGCAAAGUUUAUAAUUGAAGUCGAUGUUGUACCAAGCUUCAGGAUUUGUGAUUCCAACUUGUAUCAUAUUUACAUGAUGAAUCAGGUCAAUGGAAAGUGGAUGAAAAGUAAAGAGCAACAUUUUUUCAUACGUGAUGGAGGCAGCUCCAGGGAUAUUCUGAGAAAUAAGAAUUUCACAGAAAGGGAGGCUGAAUACAGAAGAUUCUCCACAGAAACGUUAAAAACCUUAGUGGAUAAAAGGAAAAAUGCUGAAGAAAAGCCACAAAAGCAGACAAAGAAACAAGAAGGAUACAAGCUAGUUAGGAUGAUUACAGGUGGCUCAGAAAUGAUAGACACAUCCUAUUACCAGUGGUACAUAUUAGUGACAAACAAAUCCCAGCAGACUCAAGCGCACAAUUUUGAUUUUCUGAAGGAAAUGAAUUGGUUUUGUGUGCUCGAGUUUGAUCCUGAAUCUGUAACCAAUGGGGUGUGUAAGUCGUAUCGUGAAGACAGAGCAACAAACCUCCAUUUCCCUAGUCACUUCCAAGAUAUUGAUACAGCAGUUAUUGAAAAGAUUGAACAACUGCACUUAUACAAGCAAACGAGCUGGAUAUUUUGUAAUGGAAGGUCAGACCUUGAUGAUCAGAACUAUAAGCCAUUAGUGCCCAAAAUGUGGUAUAAAGAACGAGCUGCCGAUGUCAGGAAAUUGAUUUCAUUUCUGUGCCGAGUUGAUAUCAUGCCAAAAGGGAAGUUUCUGGUAGUUUUUCUGAUCCUAUCUAAAGUAGACGAUCCAAGAGAUCCAUUUCUGGAAACCUUCUGUUCAUUUUAUCAGGAACUGAAAGGGACAGAAGACAUAUUGUGCAUCUGUGAAAGUCACCAAACAUUCUUGAGAUGGAAAGACCUCAUGCUGUGCACGUGUGAAUCAUACGAACUUACAGAGAGGUGUGUUUCUGCAUUAAGCCUUGAUGAAGUCAAUGCGACUGUUCUAAAAUUAAAAUCUGUUACUCGGUCUACAAAACGAUUCUUACCCUCUGCAACUUCAGCCUCUGUUAUUCUCCAGAAAAAAGAUGAAGAGCUGUUGACUGCACUCGAAAUCCUGUGUGAAAAUGAAUGUGAGGGCACUGAAAUAGAAAAUGAUCAAAAUCGGUUUAAGGAAUUUCAAAAAUCCAAAGAGGAGCAGUUUUACAGGGGUGGCAAAGCAUCCUGGUGGAAUUUCUACUUUGACACAAAAGUCCCUUUCAUCAAACGAGACAGUUACGCGAAGCUCGAAGAAUUGAUUAAUGCAAAAUCACCUUCUGCCAUGUGUGUGAAGAUCAUCAAUUUAUUUCAUCAUCCAGGCUGUGGUGGGACAACUUUAGCCAUGCAUUUUCUAUGGGAGUCAAGGAAAAAAUUCAGGUGUGCUGUGUUGAAAAACAGUAAAGAAGACUUUGUAGAAAUUGGGAAACAAGUCAUUCAUCUAGUCACUUAUCAAGUAACAACUAACUCAGAAUACUUACCAGUGUUAUUGCUGGUGGAUGACUUUGAAGAAUUAGAAAAUGUGCAUGUGUUACAGAACUCAGUUCAGACUAUUGUUGCAGAGAAAGGUCUACGAUUUGAGUGGCCUUUGGUCAUCAUUCUAAACUGUAUGAGAUCCCAGGAUCCAGUCAAAAGUUCAAAAAAGAGUGUUUUGGAAAGUGUUGCUCUAAAGCAUGAACUGUCCAUUAAAGAGCAACGAUUGUUUGAACGAAAGCUUGAGGAAAUUGAGGAACAACACUCAAAACCUGAAAACUUCUACUCCUUCAUGAUUAUGAAGAGUAACUUUGACGAGAAGUACAUUGAAAAUGUGGUACACAAUAGUUUAAAGGACUUGAAUACUAAAAGCAAACAAGGACAGCUGAUUUCAAUCUUGGCUUUGCUGAAUUGGUAUGUUAAAGAUUCUUCAAUAUCAGUUUCAAAAUGUGAAGAAUUUCUGGGAUUAGGACAAGUCAAAACAUCUUUCUGGGGACCAGAAAAGUUUGAAGAUGCAAUGGGUACUUACUGCAACCUUCUUAUUCGUGUAGAAGUAGAAGAGUAUGGAAGAUAUGAGGGAAUUCGAAUCAUCCACCCCUUGAUUGCAAAUCGUUGCUUGGAUGAAUUAAAGCAUUCUUACAAACUUCACAAGAGUGAGAUUGCCUUGAUGUUGCUCAGCCAAAGCAUAUUUCUCCAACGUAGUAUUGGAAGAGAAAAACUGCUGCAGGACACAUGGAACUUGUUGAUUACAAGACGACGAAAAGAGCAUGGCGAUGAAGCAGAUACUUUGUUCUCCCCUCUAAUUGAAGCAUUACAGAGUGAAGAAGGAACUAAGCAGGUUGUAAAUGUCUUGACCGAAGCGUCAAACAGAUUUGACCAAAAUCCCUUCAUUUCCCAGGUUCUAGCAAGGCAUUUCUAUCUGAUAGUGAAGGAUUAUGAUUCAGCACUUUACUGGGCAACUAAAGCUAAGGAGCGGGCGAAAGAUAAUUCUUACGUCACUGAUACAUUAGGCCAAGUAUUCAAAAGCAAGUUAAAAUACAGGAUGGAGUGUGUUGAGAUUGACAAACAAACUGUGGUGACUUCUCAUCAAUUGACGGAGUUCCUGGAUCUUGCAGAAUCUGCUUCUAAUGCUUUCAGAGAAUCUCAGCAAUUGACAGAACAGAAAGGAGAAAGCAGACUUGAUUGGGAAGAACCGAGUUCUAAACGGAAGUAUGAUGUGUACAACACUUCUGGUUAUUUGGGGGAGAUUGAAGUUGCUUUGUAUGUUACAGAUAUCCUCAGAAUGAUACCAUUCUUCAAUGAAAAGAAUAAAAUUGGUGAAAUGCAAUUAAAGGAUCUCCUCUCAGGUAACUUGAAUCUUGAGCAUAUUGAAAAGACAAACAGUAUUGAUGAAGAGUUAUGCUCAGUGGUUGGAGAAUACAAACGAUACUUGAUUAAUAUCCAGACCACAAUGAAAAGAUCUUUUGACUUUUUUGAAGACUAUUUUGUUCAUUUCAAAACAAAAAAUAUUGAGAGAGAAAUAGCAGAAUUUAAGAUUCGCAGGAAAGUUUCAGAAUGUUUUUCAAAAUACACAAAAACGUUCUGUUCAUCACACACUGAAAUUAGGGAUGCAAGGAUAAGUAGGCCAAAACUCAGUCUGCCACUUGAGUUGGAAGAAUGCAGAAAGUAUUUAGAGUCCCAAAAAGCUGACCGUUUUGCUGGUUUGCUUGAGUUCCUUACAAAUAAUCAUGAAAUUGGUCGAAGUGUGGAAGAAAUUGUCAGCAAAUACCAAUUUCUCCUUCAGAAUUCAACAACUCAGUUAACAAGACAGAAACAAAAUUUUAUAUUGGCUACUAUCGUACUUAACUGUGUCAAACCAAAGUCCAAAAAAAUUGAAACUUUUAAUAAGCUUCGAGAACUUCUGAAACAAGUUCUGCAAGAUGUAGGGUUUGAUUUUGGUCACGUUGAGCCAUAUUUCUUGGUUUCCUUAUUAUUUUGGCCAACAAAGUAUAAUGAAAUUAAUGAAGAUUCUAAACUCCUUCUGAAAUGUAUUAAUGCAAUCAAACAGUCAUUUAGAUGUCGUUAUGGACGAAUGAGUCGUUCUAAACAUCCUGUUGCACAUUUCUAUCUCGGCAAGAAAGAGGGUUUGAACAGAUUUGUUCACAAAGCAAAAAUCGAUCAUUUCUUCAGUAAGGUGCCACAACUGAAUACCUUAUGGCAAUCUGGAGAAAUCUGGAAAACAGACGAAGUCAAAAAGCUUCUUCUUCGUUUGCAUGGUCGAACAGGGGAUGAUAACAAAGUGUAUGUCGAGUUUGGCGGUGUUGAGAAAAUCAAAAUUCCUGUGCGUCCUGUAUACUUGGGCAAACUGAGAAGUGGUCAAAGCAUUGAAAAAAUAUCCUUUUACUUGGGGUUCUCCAUGGAUGGACCAAUAGCAUAUGACAUAGAGAAUACAAAUUAACAUUGACAGACUCGGUUUGAUGUAUAACAUUGAAUAUCAAUCUUGUUGCAAUGUCUACAUGAUGCAUUUCUUUUCGUCUAGAAAUUACAUUAUUGAGGUCUUAUAUAUUAUCACAUUAACUGUAGCUUUUGGGAGACAAUUUUCCAAAUAGAUUCUGUUUCCAGGGGUCCUGCACUUAACUUACCCUGUGGGCCUCACCAAAAUUUGUAGAUUUAGGCAACAUGCGGAGAGGGGCUAUCAAGUUCCCCAGAAAAAAAAGAUGAGGUGCCAAUGGUUGCCCAGGUUGCUUCAAAACUGUGUACACAAUUUAAUAUUCAUUGAGCCAGUGGCCCAGACUUCAAUCCUAGCUGGGUGCCCACAGUUAUCAGUGGCUUGUGCUGGUCUAUCUAGUGUGAUCAGGUUUUUCUAAAUCAAACAUAUUUUGGGCCUUUACAAAAGUAUUUUCAUUGGAAAUGCCAGCACUAGCUGAUCUCUUAAAUUGAUGAAACAAAAACAGAAACUAUUGAAAAAACUCAACAGGUCUGGCAGCAUCUGUGGAGAGAAAGCACUUUUGGCUCGAGUGACCGUUCUUCAGAACUGAUGGCCUUAAACUGGUGGCCUUACAAUACGUGGAGUUAAGGCUGAGAUGAGAGCAGCCAUGAUGGUAUUGAGUGGCAGAACAGGCUCAGGGGACUGAAUUACCUACUCCUGUUCCUAGUUCAUCUAUAAUUUUUGGCCAGGGUCUGGUAUGAUUUGAUCCCAGCCACGUGAUCAGCCACACUUGCCCUGUCACUAAAGUUAUGUUAUGAUGUUGUGGCUGUUCAGGAACUAUAAUAGAGCUCUGGCUCAGGAGAUAGUGCCCUUGCUUCUUCAAUAAGAAAAUUGUGUGUUCCAGAUCCGCUCCAAAGACUUGAAGCCAAAAAAUAAAACUGAAUACUCCAGUACUGCAAGGAGGGAAUGUUGCAUUAUCAGGUGUGUCACUUUUCAGAGGAGAUGUUAAAGCUAGACCCUAGCUAGUUGCUACAGAUCCAAUGGAACUGUUUCAAAGAACAUAGGAACUAUUCCUAGGGACCCAUCAAAUAUUUAUCCCUCAAACAACAUUAGAUUAUAAAACAGAUUAUCUGGUCAUUAAGAAAUUGCUAUUUAUGGGAUCUUGCUGUGGACAGUUUGGCUGCUGUCUGUCAUCACAACAGUGACCGCACUUCAAAAUAUAUUUAAUUCAUUGUGAAAUGUUUUGUGACCUCAUGAGAUUGUAAAAAUGCACUGUAUAAGUUGAGAAGAUUGUGGUGUAGUGGUAAGGUCAUUGCACUCGUAAACUAGUGGUUCAAACCCAACGCCCCCCUGCUCCAUGAAGUGCAGCUGGUAAGUUGUAAAUUUGGAAUCAGAAGUUAUUAAUUGUCAUAAAAGUCCAUCUGGUUCCCUAAUAUCCUUCAGGGACAGGAAUCUGACAUCCUUAUCUAGGCUGACAUGUGACCCCAAACCCACAGCAAUGUUUUUAACUCUUAACUGCCCUCUGAUGUGGCCUAACAAGUCACUUAGUUCAAGGGCAAUUAGAGAUGGGCAGCAAUAUCCCCAGCCCAAAUAAACCUUUUUUUAUAUGCGGAGAUCUAUAUGACAGGUAAUGUUAGGGAAAAAAAAGAUGUUUACGCAAAAUUGGUAUUAGCAUUGGCUAGAGGUCAGAAAAUGCAGAAUGCGUUGUUAUAUUUGCCUACUGUUCAUUAUAUCCUUUUGUGUUACAAGUAUAAAAUCGCCAAAGCAUAUACAACAGAUUAAUUAGCAUUUAAAGGAGAAAACACAGCUUGAGAUUUGCUUUUGAAUUUUUUUCACCACAACUGACAUUCUGCCUGCCCUCAGCACUUUUACUUUAGAUUUCAUAUUUUUAUUUCAAAUGUCAGCACUUUAUCUGACUUCUUUACAGCUCUGCCAUGGGAAAGACCAAAGGAGAUGGGAACAAUCCAGAUUAAUGGUCUGAUCGCACUUUUUCCCAAUUUUCCUACUCACCAUUCUGAUUCUCACCUUCAUUAAUCUGGGAAGAUCCCCUUCAGCAUAAGGUGCCUCUGAAUCCUAUAACCUGCAUAUUUUUAAAAAAACAUUUUUACUGACCUUGUAUAACUACCUGGGGAGAAAUCAAGAAUAUGUGUAAUACUUUUACAAAAUAUGGUUUGAGAUUUUUUUCUACUUUUGUGUUAUUGUUACAAAAAUAAUCAACGUGUAUUUGUUAAAGUUAUCAUGUAUUAAUAUUUUAAGGUUAAAGAGAAAUGGAGUGAAUUAUAAGCAAUGGGUGAAUUAUAUUAAGAUUUCUUGACUUCUAGGUAAAUUUCCUGGUAAAAGCAUAAAUGCCUUAAACAGACAUUCCUUGGGACUAUUUCAUGCAAACACUGAAUGCCUUGCGGUUCAUUUGUUACUCCUGAUUGAACAGUUUGGAAUUUAGCAUGGUUAUCAGAUUGCUGUAAUUUCUAAUAAUAUCUAGAUUUCUGGGAAAAAUCCAGUGGAGGUAAAGGCCUAGCAACAAGGUUUUUAUCCCCAGUGGAUAAUUUUUUUUUAAAAAGUCUGUUUUGUUCUACUUUGGUGAACCCCUAUCAGCUAUGAGUAAAAUAGUUACUGUAAGGAAAGGGUCAACCAGACAGUUCAGAAUUUGUCAAAUGAUAUUCUGACUAGUAACAUUAGCCUUCAAUCUCUGUUUGAUAAACUGAGAAGCACGAUUCAAUUUCAACAUAGAUAUUACCAAAACUUUGAGAUGACUCCUUUUCCACAGAAAUUAUCAAUUUCCAGAUUAAAUAAUUUCUUACCUAACAUUGUUAAAGACUCUUUACAUCAGUUACACUUAAGCUUCUACAUUUUGGGCAGCUAUCCUCAUAGGCAAGAGGAAAUAAUCUUGCAAAAGAAAAAUGUUUUAAUAAAUAUCUUUUAUUUGGAGUUUCUGUAAAAUCAGGAGACUGUUAUUAAAUAAUACAGAGUCUAAAACAGACUAUUACAUGUUUUACUGGUGGGCUAACUACUGAGCAAAACUACUGAUGGAAAAACAAGACAAGUUAUGCUGAUACCAUGAGUCUGAUGGGGAAAAAGAGAUCGUUAAGGAAGGAGACCAAAAAAUAGAAAAUGCUGAUCAGGCAUUAACAGUGGACAGGUAAACACAUAAAUAUUUUAUGUCUAAGUGAAAGUGUUUAUUCAUAGUUUUUAGUUCAUAUUUCCAGAAUCUGCAGUAUAUUUGCAUUGGCAUUAGGAAACUAGUACAUUAAAUAGUUGCAAUGAUAAGGGACAAAUUCAGUUACGUUACCUUGCAGACCCAGGGUUCUGACAAACUACAUCAAAUCUGACAUCAGGAGUCUCCAAGUCUGCUGAGUGCAGCAAUUGACAACCUUCUGUGGAUUCAAGUGGUACACAACUUGGGUGAUACAUGGCCGUUUCAAAGUGGUGUAAUUAGUAGCAACUCACAUGAUCAGUCUGCAGUGAAGAUACCAAGGAGAGAUAAAAUAUAAAACUUCAAGAUUUACAGAGUAUUUGAAGGAAUAUAAGCCAUAAAUUAUCCUCUAAAGAAGAGGACAAGGCAAGCGCAGAUAGUAUAACAACUCCUGAGAACAACCAUCUCAUAAGUAACCAGCCCUAGUGUCCAGGAACCGGUGAUUGGAGACCCCAUUGUAGUACUUCAGCCAAGUUCAUCACUUGCGGGUCGUACCUAAUCUAUGUUUUGAGUCCUUGCUUUAAUUUGCUUGAUUUGUAUUAGUAGUUGAAGUUCUAUUAGUUAAUCGGUUGUAGCCAGAAUAAAGGAUUAUUAAGUUAACUGAUUGACCUGUCUGAGUGAUCUCUAUUGGUAUUGAGGUACAACAAUCUUUGUAUGAAAUCAUUCGUUAACUUUUGUGGAAAGUCACAUGAUGCAUUGUCAUUUUGAGAGAAUAAGAGAAAUAAAUAAAAUUGAAUUUUUUACAGAUAUCUUGGGUUCAAAAUUUUUUUGUCCAUGCCGUGAUGAAUUUAUAAAUACCAUUUGUCAGUUGUCUGUACAUCACUCUUGAAUACACUGGAAGCUUAAUAAAGUAUGAUCUUGUCCAACUCAA